UCAUUUUGGGUACAAAAAUCUAAACUUUUUAGGUUUUUUCUUUCUUUCUUAUAAUUCUCUGUGAUAGAGAGAGACGAAGUGAUGAUGGACUUGACGGGUGAGAACGGAGGUUUAGCUCCAGGUUUUAGGUUUCAUCCGACGGAUGAGGAGCUUGUUGUGUAUUAUCUCAAGAGAAAGAUCCGUCGGAAAAAGCUCAGAGUCGAAGCAAUCGGCGAGACUGAUGUCUACAAGUUUGAUCCUGAGGAAUUGCCUGAGAAAGCGUUGCAUAAGACUAGGGAUCGCCAAUGGUUCUUUUUCAGCUUGAGGGAUAGGAAACAUGGGAGUAGAUCAAGUAGAGCUACUGACCGUGGCUAUUGGAAAGCAACAGGGAAAGAUAGAGUCAUUAAGUGUGAUUCUAGACCGGUUGGGGAGAAGAAGACACUUGUUUUCCAUAGAGGCAGGGCACCUAAUGGCGAGCGGACUAAUUGGGUCAUGCACGAGUACACUAUGCACGAAGAGGAACUCAAGAGGUGUGGUGGCGGAGAUGUUAAGGAUGCUUAUGUUCUUUACAAGAUUUAUAAGAAAAGUGGGUCUGGUCCUAAGAAUGGUGAGCAAUAUGGAGCUCCUUUUAUUGAAGAAGAAUGGGUUGAAGAGGGUGAUGAGGUUGAUGAGCCUGUUGAUGUAGUUCAUGUUCCUGCAAAUCAGGUUAUUGUUUCAGAUGGUGUUGAUAGUAAUUUGUGGUCGAAGGGGCUUAACCAAUCUCAGUUGGAUGAUAAUGAUAUUGAGGAGCUGAUGAGACAGGUUAGCGAUCAGCCUGGUCCAACCGUGCAGCUGAAUGGGGUUUCCGGACUGGACUCUCAUGUCGAAUCGUAUAAUCUGGUGAACCUGGAAAAGGAUAUGUAUUUGGAAAUUGAUGAUCUUUUGCUCCCUGAACCUGAACCAACUUCUGUGGAAGCCAUGCAGAAGGACUGGAACCAGGAUAGUUCUGGUGUCCUGAAUGAUAAUGAUUUCGUUGAUGCCGAUUCAUAUUUCUGUGAUUUGGGUGCGAGAAAUCUUGAGCCAGAUCCUGUCAGUGGUCAUUUCGAAAACGGGUUUGAACAAAGCCUUCUGAUGAAUACUUCUUUGGUCACUGACCAGGCUAAUAAUAACCAGUUCCCGCAGCAUACAAGGAAGAAUCAAGCUAGCAACUGGCCACUCCGUAACAGCUAUACCAGAAAGAUGAACAGUGGAUCAUCUUUGAUGCAGGAGCCAAACAAUGACAGACUCACUGCUGCCCGGUUUGUUGAGGUGCCUGGUACAGGUGAUCCAUCUAAAUUCACAAACCCUCUUCCUUCUGGUACAAGUAUAACUAAGGAAGAUGAAGCAGCAAAAGACGAGUCAAGUCAGUUUGCUUCUAGUCUAUGGGCUUUCCUGGAAUCGGUUCCUGCAAAUCCAGCAUAUGCUUCAGAGAACCCAUUUGUUAAACUGAACCUUGUCAGAAUGUCCAACAGUGGCGGUCUUUUCAGGUUUGCUUCUAAAAGUAAUGCUGUUGUCAUGGCUAGUGAUUCAGCUGUGAACAGGAAAAAGUCUGGAGGAAAAACCGACAAGAAGAACAACAAGAGCAAGGGUUUCUUCUGCUUGUCGAUCAUUGGGGCUCUAUGUGCUUUAUUUUGGGUGAUCAUAGGAACAAUGGGACUUUCAGGGAGGUCUCUGUUGUGGUGAAAACCCAAAAUUACAUACAAGAGGUUUGAAUGAAGGUUAAGAGAAAGAAAGGCUCUGUUUUGUGUAAGACAUUACCGAGUCAAGUCAUUGUAAUUAUUCUCUUACACUGUUAGAUUCAUAAGCUGUUGUUUAGUAUCAGUUUUUCUCAUGGGAGUUUUCUCACCUACUGUUAAAUCUAACUUUAUGGGUAAUUUUUCUUUGUUUUGUAUCAAUAUAUAUAUAAUGCUUCAUGAUCUUCAAUA